AUGUCCGCAUCAAAGCCAUACUCUCAACUUCUUAACGAAUACCUCCAAGAGAAAAGAUGGCAAACUCGCGCCGUCAUGACAAGUAAGAAGUCCGACCCGGUGCAAGGGAUGACCAAAUACACGUUCUGGGAGGCUCAUUGGACAUUUGAUGGAGUUGAGCGCGCAAGCGCUUCACAGCUUCGCAAGGAAACGGACGCCACAAAUGCGGCUGCAGAGAAAGCACUCAUAUGGCUAAAUUAUCGAAACUCUUCCAACGCGGUUGCAGCGCCUAUAACGAAUACCGAAGGUGUCAGCGCGCCUGUACGCGAAUUCGGCUCGGAUACUGCCGUCCAAAGGGCGACAGAUAUUACGAGACUUGCUUCAGAAUACGUGUCAAAAUCAGCACGCCUCGACCUUGGUAUCGGAUGGAAAUGUAGUUGUCGCCCACCUUUGAUCGUCCCUGUCGAACACGGUGUGCCGAUAUGUCGCUUAGAUGCCCGCGUUCUCUUUGCGGGUGAUAACCUGGAUUAUAUACUAGAUAUGUAUAAGACUGAGUCCCCAAUUAUCAGUCUCUCAACAAAUCUCUGGCCCUUGUGUACUGCCGCAAGAAAGUUCAACCCCUCUCUUAGGACCAUUACGCACCUUCGAUUGCAAGAGAUCACUUCUAUCCGGUAUAACUCGAACAUCCAACUCCCAAAUGUCGUAUACCUCGAGGUUGAACUCGGCCUUAGCGUACACGUACUCCCACUCAGCAUACUCCACCUCCCAAAUCUGAGCAAACUGAUGAUCACCGCAAAAUGGGGACCUGCACUCAUGCCAGCACCAGUUCAAGAAUUCAUCGUCUCCUUUCAUGAGACUCUCACUGAUCUUAUCCUGCUCGGUGAGCCGGAAUUAUAUUAUUGCUAUUUGGACAUUAUCCGGAAAUUGCCCCUGCUGCGACUUUACGGGGCUGGGACUCAGUUCAUGAUGUCCUAUGGCAUCGACCUGAAUUGGCAACUCAAGGAUGUCAAGAAUACUGUACAAACUCUUCUUCUCUACGGAGUGGAGGAGGAGAUAUUUGGAGAAGGACAAGUCUUUCCAGGGGCGGUCUGGUACGAUCUAUUCAUUACUGGACCGUUUAAAGUACUCCAGCUCCCCAUGACAUCCGACGAGAUUCAUGCUUCAAGUUAUCUUAAUUUUUUGGCGAUGAACCUACAAGAUCUUUUUCGACUGAACGUACCGAUCCUUGAUGGAGAAGGUGUACGUCUGGAACUGGCGGCUAUGUGA